UCUCGCCGGGAGCUGCUGCAGCUCGAUUUCCUCGCCGCCGCCCUCCAGAUCCCCUUCGUCAGCGUCUUGGACACCCGCGGGCCGCUGCCCUUCCGCUCCCAGAGCCCUUUCCACUUCCACAUGGAGCGGCAGAGCUCACUGGAGACACUGGUGGACGUGCUGGUGAGUGUCCUGCAGGCCAGCGACUGGCAGGAGACCAACCUCGUGCUCUGCCACCCCUGGGACGUCUCCGGCUUCCUCAGCCUCUGGUCCCACCGCUCCCGGCUCUUCCUCCGCACCGUCCUUGACCUUGGCAACCUGAAGGAGCCUGGGGCUACCAGCUCCCUCCAGCAGCACCGGGAGCACUUCAGGGCCCUCUCCAGCCCCGUGCUGGUGCUUGGCUGUGAUCUGCGGCGCGCUCGGCUCAUCUUCCAGGCAGCCGAGGAGUCGGGGCUGCUGCCUCAGGAGUCUCACUGGAUGCUGGGGUCCCCGCUCAGUGCUGAUGAGCUGCAGACCGAGGGGCUGCCCCUGGGGCUGUUGGCCUACGGCGAGGUGGGCCGGGCGCCGCUGGAGCUGCUGGUGCAGGACGCGGUGGGGUUGGUGUCCCGGGCCAUCGCCAGCGCCGCCCGCGCCCGCCCCGACCUGGCGCUGCAGCCAAGGCCUGUGACCUGCAGCGACCGGCGCCAGGCGGGCGGGGAGAACACAGGACUCUUCCUCUCCAGGUUCAUGGCCAACACGUCCUUCCAGGGCCGGACGGGGCCCCUGCACGUGGAGAACGGGACGCUGGUGCGUCCAGAGCGGCUGUACCGCAUCUGGAGCCUGCGGCGGGACUCGCGGGGGGAGCCCACCUGGGUGACCGUGGGCACCUGGCACCGCAGCACCCUGCGGCUGGAGGAGGGCGCCUGGCAGAGCCCCCGGCAGCGGCAGAGCCCGGGCGAGGGGCCCCGCGCCAGGCUGCGGGUGGUGACACUGGUGGAGCACCCCUUCGUCUUCACCAGGGAGGCAGAUGAGGACGGGGUCUGCCCCGCGGGGCAGCUCUGCCUGGACCCCGGCACCAACGACUCAGCUGUGCUGGACGCCCUCUUCGAGGAGCUCAGCACAGAGAAUGGCUCAGUGCCACAGGAGUACAAGAAGUGCUGCUAUGGGUACUGCAUUGACCUGCUGGAGAAGCUGGCUGAGGACAUGGCCUUUGAUUUUGAGCUCUACAUCGUGGGUGAUGGGAAAUAUGGGGCCUGGAAGAACGGGCGCUGGACGGGGCUGGUGGGGGACCUGCUCAGUGGCACAGCCCACAUGGCUGUCACCUCCUUCAGCAUCAACUCAGCACGGAGCAAAGUCAUUGACUUCACCAGCCCCUUCUUCUCCACCAGCCUGGGCAUCUUGGUGAGGACCAAGGACACGGCAUCACCUAUUGGGGCAUUCAUGUGGCCCUUGCACUGGACCAUGUGGGUGGGCAUCUUCGUGGCCCUGCACACGACAGCACUCUUCCUCACCCUCUACGAGUGGAAGAGCCCUUAUGGCAUGACCCCCCACGGCCGCAACCGCAUGAAGAUCUUCUCCUACUCCUCAGCCCUCAACCUGUGCUAUGCCAUCCUCUUUGGGCGCACCGUGUCCAGCAAGACGCCCAAGUGCUGCACUGGCCGCUUCCUCAUGAACCUCUGGGCCAUCUUCUGCCUCCUGGUGCUCUCCAGCUACACAGCCAACCUGGCAGCUGUCAUGGUGGGGGACAAGACCUUCGAGGAGCUCUCAGGCAUCCAUGACCCAAAGCUGCAUCACCCCUCGCAGGGCUUCCGCUUUGGCACCGUCUGGGAGAGCAGUGCUGAGGAGUACAUCAAGAAGAGCUUCCCUGAGAUGCACGAGUACAUGCGGCGCUACAAUGUCCCCACCACCCCCGCCGGCGUCACCAUGCUCAAGACAGAGCCCCCCAAGCUCAACGCCUUCAUCAUGGACAAGUCACUGCUGGACUAUGAGGUGUCCAUCGACUCUGACUGCAAACUGCUCACAGUGGGCAAACCCUUCGCCAUUGAAGGGUGGGGUGGGUGCUGGAUGCGGCGCUACAAUGUCCCCACCACCCCCGCCGGCGUCACCAUGCUCAAGACAGAGCCCCCCAAGCUCAACGCCUUCAUCAUGGACAAGUCACUGCUGGACUAUGAGGUGUCCAUCGACUCUGACUGCAAACUGCUCACAAAGAUCCACCGAGCUCUGAACAUGGGCAUGGAGGAGCAGAAGAGCCGGCAGCUGGGCCUGGAGCAGAGGUGCCACCUCCAGCCUGGGCAGGUGCCGGCAGAGGGGCAGCCCUGGAGCACCUUGCGGAAGGAGAGACGGCGGAAGAUCCACCGAGCUCUGAACAUGGGCAUGGAGGAGCAGAAGAGCCGGCAGCUGGGCCUGGAGCAGAGGUGCCACCUCCAGCCUGGGCAGGUGCCGGCAGAGGGGCAGCCCUGGAGCACCUUGCGGAAGGAGGGACGGCGGGUGCGCUUCCAGCUGGACAAAGCCCCCCCUGAGGACGAGGGGUCCCUGCAGCCCCCCGGGAAUGGGCAGGUGCUGCAGCCCCUGGACAGGGCUGCGGGUGAGAUCGAACUGCAGGAGCUGGAGGGGAAGAUCCAGGAGAUGCGGGAGCAGCUGCGGGCAGCCCUGCUGCGGAAGAGUGAGCUGGUGGCCACGCUGGGCCCGGCCAAGAGCAGCACUGAGGAGCCCAAGGAGUGGAGGUGA